UGACCUAUCAUAGCUAUUACUUUCAAUUUUAUAGUUGAUUAAUUUUUCAUGCCAUAUUUUCUAACGAUUCCUAGAUUUCUAGCGACGGAUUUGGCUUUAGGUUUUUGCUUGAGGCUUGUGAUUUGCAUGCUUGCUUAACGGAGGCAAAUUCUCGAUUCAGUUAGCUGUAUUAGCUAAAUUUGUUGGCUGUUUAUGCUGGGGUGUAAAGUGAUUUUCGGUGGAGUCAUGUGUGAGAUCAGGAUCCCCUGCAAUUUCAUUUUAAUGGAUAUUUUGUGCGCUGCAAGGCUUUAGAUUUAGAGUCCACCGUUAUACCCGGUACUUAUAGUGAGGGAUUUUCCCUCACAAGAACGACAUGCAUAACAGUUAGAAGGAUUGAUUAUUUCUUGGGGUUUUUUAUCCUUUCUAUGCUAUUUGAUUACUUGGUUAAUUUUUCAUUCUGAGUUUAUAAUUGUUUCCUGGAUAGGAUUGAGACCUCAUAAUGUCUGAGAUAAAGAUGGAUGAACCGGGAGAAUUUGGGGAGAGGCCUAUUUUCAGGGAUAUUAGACGCUAUUUCUGUGAGUACUGUGGUAUCUGUCGAUCCAAAAAGACCCUGAUAACCUCUCAUAUCAAUUCUUGCCACAAGGAGGAGUUGGAAAAGGUCAGAGUGGAUAAAGAUCAUGAAGCUGAGGGCAUAAAAUCCAACACUUGCAAGGAAUGUGGUGCUAGUUUCAAAAAACCAGCCUAUUUGGUGCAGCACAUGCUAAGUCAUUCUCUCGAGAGGCCAUAUGUGUGUUCUAUGGAUGACUGUCAAGCGAGUUACAGAAGAAAGGACCACUUGACUCGUCACCUUCUGCAACAUAAAGGGAAAACUUUUAAAUGUCCACUUGAGGAUUGUAACCGUGACUUUGCUUUCCAAGGGAAUAUGACCAGACAUGUCAAAGAAUUUCAUAAUGAGAAUUCCACCCCGGCCAAAGUUGAAGCUCAGAAGCAGUAUAAAUGCCCAGAAAUUGGCUGUGGAAGGGUUUUCAAAUUUGCUUCAAAGCUACAAAAGCAUGAAAAUUGUCAUGUUAAGCUGGACUCAGUAGAGGUAGUCUGCUUGGAUCCUGGUUGUAUAAAACAUUUUACCAAUGUCCAGUGCCUUAAAGUCCAUAUCAAAACCUGUCAUCAACAUGUAACCUGUGAAACUUGUGGGAAAAAGGAACUGAAGAAGAAUAUCAAGCGGCACCUCCGGUUGCAUGAAAAAUGUUCUUCAUCAGAGGCGUUCAAAUGUGAACACAAGGGUUGUAGCAGCACAUUCACUAGUAAAUCCAAUCUUCACCAGCAUGUAAAGGCUGUCCACUUCAAAGAAAAACCAUUUGUGUGUGGCUUUCCUGAUUGUGGCAAGAGAUUUUCCUACAAACACGUGAGAGACAACCACGAAAAAACUGGGUUACAUGUUUAUACCCAUGGGGAUUUUGAAGAAUCUGACGAACAAUUCAGGUCAAGGCCAAGGGGAGGGCGAAAGAGAAAGUGUCCUACAGUUGAAAUGUUAGUUAGGAAGAGGGUUACUCCUCCUGAUCAAUUGGAGCACUGCUUGUUUGGAGAGGAUACAGAGUAAAUGCGUUGAACUGCCUUAACUUUUCGUUUGGAUGGGGAGAAAAAUAGAGAGAAAGGAAAACUAGGAGGGAAAACUUUCUAAAAAUAGUAAAAAAAAAAAAGAAGACUGAUUUUGGAAAAUUUUCCUUUUAGUUUCUCUCCUUCCUAUUCUCUUUCUACUUCUCUCUAUCCAAACCAAGCUUGAAUAAUUUGCGGGGGUGUUGCUAUGGAGAGCUGAAUUAGUGCGGGUCUUGUUCAUUGCAGAGUUUGAAAAAUGAGUCAUAAUGCUCGUGUUUUUAUAGUACAUAUAGAUGAGAUAGUUCAUAGUUGGGAACUCUAGUUUUCCAUAGGUAAAGCAUGCUAGGCAGAUGCAACGAGCUUUUUGUAUAUGUAUGAGGUUUUCUAAGUUACAUUAAGCUGGAUUGAUGCAGUUGUAUAUGUAUAGAAGAGCCCAUGUAUAAAUUAGUGUUAUUGAUGAUAUUUGUUUGUAA